CGGAUGGAAACCAAUGACGCUUUUUUUUUGUUUCACAGUUUGUUAAUGUUAUAAGAAUGUAGAUAACAACCAGAAUUUGAUAUUAUCUAACAGUUUGUAGCAACAGCUCUAGCUUAUUAAUAUCCUCAUAUCAAGAUGGAUGACAUGGUGGCCUAUGAUCCACCAGAGUCUUUAUGGAGGUUAAUUGAAGAUCAUAUAUCUCCACAUGAAAAUGAAGAAAUAAGAAGAAUGUUGGGAGAAUCUUUGAUAGAACAGAGCAUUGAUUUACACCAGGAGGUGGAAAUGUUAUUAGAUAUUUGGAGAUCAGUUAGAGAAGAAUCAGAAAGUAAAGUUAAGCCAGUAGAAUUACCAGAACCCCCUGAAAUUAGAGACAGAUUGAUUAAAGAGAUUCUAUUCUUUAUUAAUGGUGUAAAAGAAAAAGCAGCACUUAAUGGAUUUGAUCCUGAAAAAGUUGUUUCUGGUCAUAAUAAAGAUGUUAUAAGUUAUGCUCUUAAAACACAGGGCACCACAUCUAGACCAGGUACACCAAGGUCUACAGAUUCUGGUAGAGAAACACCAUUGAUUCCUUCAGAUAAAAGGUUAUAUGAAGAAACAGAAGUUAAACGUGAUGUUAUUUCAAUGAAUGAUAAGCUAAACUUUCUACAAUUUGACCAAGUUGUUGAAAGUCUAAGGAGUCACCUAGAAAAAGAAGUAGAACAGUUAUUACUAGAUACUCAAUACAUACAACAAUGUAUUGAUACAGAAUCAGCAUUUCCUGGCACUGGUGAUUCUAUAGAGAGAGAACCAACUUUAACAGAAUUAAAAGAAGAAAGAAGUUUAUUAGAAAAGGAAUUAAUACCUGAUAUACAAGUCAAACCCAGGAACCAUCUGGCAUCACCAAGUUCUAAAACAAGACCAAAUGUACAUGUUAUUACAAGUAAACCCAGUCCAAUGAAAGCUUCACAUAGUAUUUCUUCUACAGUUUCAAAUCUUCCACAAUUACCUCACAAAAAAUUCCUUCAUGAACAAUUAAAAUUCAAACCUGGCGCCAAUACCUCUAGACUGAAAGUAGUUCCAGUUAGUAAAGUUAUUGAUCGGUAUGGUGAAUGCUCAAGAUUAAAGUUAACCCCAUCACCACCUUCUUCAGAUCGUAGUGUUACACCUGAAAGACCAAGUUCUGCUGCCAGAUUUAGACGAAUGGUUCUAGAGUGUCGAGAAGGAGAUUAG